AUGUCAGAUUACAGUUUUUUAAUAUUUUUAGGUUCAGUGUAUACAUUUUUAGGAGAAAACGCCGCGGACGUAGCAGAAAUCAAGCUUACCAAAGAUUUUUUGGUAGACUUAUCCCUUACUAGUGAAAUUGAUAAGAAGAAGAUUGAGAAGUAUUACGAUCAUAUUGAGUCGAUGUUGGUUCUUGGCGAGGGUGAAACGAUUGUUGAACUGGGAGCUUCGACAGAUGAUCCCGUUGACAAAGGUUUAGCUUAUAGUACGUUUGUGCGAGUUGCAGUAGUAGGUAAUGUGGAUGCAGGAAAAUCUACUUUGCUGGGUGUGUUGACCCAUAAUGCGUUGGAUGAUGGUAGAGGACUAGCGCGCCAAAAGCUUUUUAGACACAAACAUGAAUUUGAAACAGGACGUACUUCUUCUGUGGGUCACGAUAUUCUAGGUUUUGACGUUGCUGGAAAUAUUAUGAAUCACUCUGAUACGCAUAGCGGUCAUCUUGAUUGGAUUAAUAUCUGUCAAAAUUCUGCGAAGGUCGUUACAUUUAUUGACUUAGCUGGUCAUGAGAAGUAUUUGAAGACUACCAUCUUUGGUAUGACUGGUCAUGCGCCAGACUACACCAUGCUUAUGGUUGGUUCUAAUGCUGGGAUCAUAGGGAUGACAAAAGAACAUUUGUCGCUGGCGCUUUCUUUAAGUGUUCCUGUGUUUAUAGUUGUUACGAAGGUUGAUAUGUGUCCUGAACAGGUUCUGGCCGAAACUCUAAAAAACAUAGAUCGCUUAAUGAAAAGUCCUGGCGUAAGAAAAUUGCCAAUUGCUAUACGCAGUCUUGAGGAUGUGGUCCAAGCUGCAAUGGUUUGCCCGGUGUUUCAAGUCUCAAAUGUGUUUGGGACAAAUCUAAACCUUUUACGUGCAUUUCUAAACUUAAUUCCACUUCGGCGGAAGCUUGCACUUGAUGCUCCUGCAGAAUUUCAAAUUGAUGAUGUUUACUGGGUCAAUGGAGUGGGUACUGUGGUGUCAGGAACUUGUCUUGCCGGUAAAGUAUCAGUGAAUGACACACUGCUAAUUGGCCCAAAUAAGACCGGCGAAUUUGUUCCUGUACCUGUGAAGUCAAUACACCGUAAACGUAUGCCUGUUAACCAUAUCAGAUGUGGACAGACAGCUUCUUUUGCCAUACGAAAGCUAAGUAAAAAAGAAGUACGGAAAGGAAUGAUGUUAGUUUCUCCUCUUCUUAACGUAUUUUCUUCAAUGCAGUUUCAAGCUGAGAUUUUAAUACUUCAUCACCCUACCACGAUAUCUCAGGAUUACCAAGCAAUGGUGCACAUUGGUUCUAUACGACAAACUGCUACGAUUAUAAAAAUGACAAAAGAUGUACUGAGGACCGGUGAUCGUGAUGUAGUGACUUUCAAAUUUAUGAAAUGUCCCGAAUAUUUGCGUGAGGGCUCUAGAAUGGUAUUUCGCGAGGGUCGAACAAAAGCUGUUGGGACUGUUGUAAAAGUAUUUCCAUUUACGCCAGCAGCAUUACCAAAACCGAAUCGAACGAAACAUCUAAAAUAUAAAGGCAAACUUUAA